AUGGCUACAGCUGAAGGAUUAACCAUUAAGAAUAUACCCCGACGAGAUGAGAAGAAGAAAAAGAAAAAAGUGGCUGCUGUUGAACACGUGGAAAUGCAUCUUUUACAGAGCAGAGCAAGAAGCAGAUGGGCCCUCUGGUUCUUCAAAAAUGUGAAAAGCCAGCCGUGGCAGUGUAACUUGCGCCUUGUUACAACAUUCAACACAGUAGAAGACUUUUGGGCACUGUAUACACAUAUUCAGCUUGCAAGCAAGUUGUCAUCUGGCUGUGACUACUCAAUCUUUAAGGAUGGGAUUGAACCGAUGUGGGAAGAUAGUCGGAACAAGAGGGGAGGGAGGUGGCUCAUCACUCUUUCCAAGCAGCAGCGUCACAGUGACCUGGACUCCCUUUGGCUUGAGACUUUACUAUGUCUAAUUGGAGAAGCCUUUGAGGAAUUCAGUGAAGAAGUCUGUGGCGCGGUCAUCAACAUUCGGGCAAAAGGAGAUAAGAUUGCAAUCUGGACCAGAGAGGCUGAAAACAGAGAAGCGGUUACUCACAUUGGUAAAGUGUACAAGGAGAGGCUGGGCCUGUCUUCCAAAGUGGUCAUUGGUUAUCAAGCACAUGCAGACACCGCUACCAAGAGCAGCUCCCUUAGCAAGAAUAAGUUUGUGGUGUGAAGACCCUACAGAUGAUGCAUUUAUUAUCUACAGAAUCUGCACUUUUUUUUGUCGCCAUGUCAAGAGGGCAUGAUUUAUGGUUUUGUGUAGUGUAAAUAAAAGUGUUAAUCAGUGCAGACUUGUGGAGCGGGAGCCUGACUAAAUGAGGUCUUCCAGAAAUUGUAUUUGAUGGCAUAACAAAAUAAAUGACAAAAAUGA